ACCUUAAAAGCUAGUGAAAUUCUUUCCUCUUCCACUCACAAAUGUGGGUGGCAUUAAAAAUAUAUCCACACUUGGCGGCUAGGAACAAGGUACAGAAAAUAAUUAGGCAGCUUAAGUUUGUCAUAUAAAGGCAGAGGUACAAGUGACUUUCAGGACCCAGUUCUAUUAUCUAUACCAAGAAAAAAAAAAGCCUAUCUUUUUCACAUUCAUUCACUCAAACUCAAAGACCCACAGAGCUUCAAUAAGGGGGGGCCUUUGUGCAUAGGAGUUUCUGCAACUCUGCUCAGAAUGGCUUGCAGAGUUGCUGACUCUAUGUUCCUUUUCAUGGCCCCCCAUCAAAAGCCAAGUGGAAGUCACAAAAUUUUAGCCCAUUGUUCUCCAGGCAUAUGUUAUCUGAAGGGGGAAAGAGUUAUCCAGAAGGGAAUCAGGCACCAGCAAUUUUUACUUCCAAAGAGAAAGAGUAGAGUAAUACAAGCUGUUGCAAUUCCAGUUGUACCAUCUCCAGCAGACACUGCUGAGUAUAGAAAACAAUUAGCUGAAAGCUAUGGUUUUGAGCAAAUUGGAGAACCACUUCCUGACAAUAUUAAAAUAAAGGAUAUCAUUAAUACCCUUCCAAAAAAGGUUUUUGAGAUUGAUGAUGUGAAAGCAUGGAAAUCAGUGUUAAUAUCAGUCACUUCCUAUGCAUUGGGACUCCUCAUGAUUUCAAAAGCCCCAUGGUAUCUACUUCCUUUGGCUUGGGCAUGGACUGGGACUGCAGCAACAGGGUUCUUUGUUAUAGGACAUGAUUGUGCUCACAAAGCAUUUUCAAGUAACAAAUUAGUGGAAGACAUUGUUGGAACCUUGGCCUUUUUGCCGCUAAUAUACCCAUAUGAGCCAUGGAGAUUUAAGCACGAUCAACAUCAUGCAAAAACAAACAUGUUGAGUGAAGAUACAGCUUGGCACCCUGUUUGGAAAGAGGAAUUUGAAUCAUCUCCUAUUUUGCGCAAGGCAAUUAUAAUUGGAUAUGGGCCACUUAGACCGUGGAUGUCUAUAGCUCACUGGUUGAUGUGGCACUUCAAUUUGAACAAGUUCAGACCAAGUGAAUUGAAAAGGGUGAAGAUAAGCUUGGCUUGUGUGUUUGCUUUUAUCGCAAUUGGAUGGCCAUUGAUUAUCUACAAGACGGGGAUCAUGGGAUGGGUCAAGUUCUGGUUGAUGCCAUGGUUGGGCUAUCACUUUUGGAUGAGUGUUUUCACCAUGGUCCAUCAUACAGCUCCUCACAUACCAUUCAGAUAUUCAAAUGAGUGGAAUGCUGCUCAGGCCCAGCUUAAUGGAACAAUUCAUUGUGAUUACCCUCGAUGGGUUGAGAUUCUCUGUCAUGAUAUCAGUGUCCACAUCCCCCACCAUAUUUCUCCAAGGAUACCAAGCUAUAAUCUGCGGGCAGCCCACAAGUCUCUUCAAGAAAAUUGGGGAAAGUAUCUGAAUGAGGCUACUUGGAAUUGGCGUUUGAUGAAGACGAUAUUGACCGAAUGCCAUGUUUAUGAUCAGGAGCAAAAUUAUGUUCCUUUUGACAAACUUGCCCCUGAAGAAUCUCAGCCAAUCACAUUUCUCAGGAAAGCAUUGCCUGAUUAUGCUUAAUUUAUCGUUUGCCUUGUGGGGUCCAUUUCUCUUUGGUUCUUUCUUAUCUGUUAUCUUUUACUUUUUUGGGGCAAAUUAGAUUUGGUAUUUCAUUCAUCAUCUUUUGGUAUUUCUUAAGUUGUACAACACAUUUUUAAGAUCUCUGAUUAAUAAAGAAAGUUAAUUGAAGGAAGGGAAGCUUCAAAGAAAUUCACACUUCCCUUUUUUUUGCUAGAUGGGACUGUAUUUAGGGUGAUAAUAUCAUUUUUUUUUUUGGAUUAUCUAGCGAAAAUCCUUCUUUUUUAAGGCGAGAGAUUGGGGUUCAUUAGGUAAAAGUGAUAACAGUGAGAUUCUCCUUGGAUGAUCAAAAUCUCCUUUCUACUAUCAACACAAUAUUGAAUUCAUAUUGUCUUCUACUCAGAUUGGGUAGAUGUGUCAGAACUGACUGAGCUAGUGAAAAUUUAAAUCCAGGAGGAUCAGGAUGAUAUUGAUUGGAGCUCAUUAUUUAUUUAUUUAUUAAUGACAGACAUGUGUCUUUCUUCA